UUAUAAUACUCAGAUUUAUCCGUUUAUCGUGUAAUUUUAGUUCUUAAGCUAUAAAGUGGGUGGAUUCCGACUAAAUAAUUAGGGAAAAAAUUGUGUGUCAUGCCCGCAGAAUUCAAGUAUUUUGCUGAUGAUGAACAAUGAAGGGUGUCGAUAGUUCUCCAGCUAAUCGCGAAGGAAUGACCAAUAAACCUAUAAUAACAUGUGCUGGAGACUGGAACCUAUUCUGCACACUAGAAGCACCGUUGGUGGCAGCCAUCCCUCAAGACUCAUGCGAAUGGCGAAGAUCAUAUGGUCGAGUAACCAAAUCUGUGUACCUCGAAGCAUCAUUUGUCAAAUACAAUAAAGACAAAGUGGGCCAGCUUGAGUACAAUCUGUUGAAGAAACCCAUUUUAAAUAUUUACUGGACUGAUUGUGCAGAUAUAGAAUUUUACAAAACCACAUUAAGAGAAGAUGUAGAAUCAUGGCUGAAACAGCUGGAAAAACAUGGUAUCACUGAUUGGAUGAUUGUACUAGUUGAAACAUAUGAUAUAAGGAAAACCAACAAGCUCCUGCCCCGUACGACAGUACUGGAUAAAAUUAAGGGAGAUUUUGCUGCAAAACAAACUGAAGACCGGUUUAUAUCUGUUAUAAAUCCUAUAAAAUCUGAAGCAAGAAGUGCGGAAUCAUGGAGGUCUUUGGUUGCAAAGACCAGGCAUUUCAUCCUCGUCGCUUAUAAUAAAGCGUUAUUAAAGUUUGAGGAAUUUAUGAGAGAGCAGAGAGAAAAACGGAACGACCCAGAAUGGGAUUUUUGUAAAUAUUUUAUUUUGCAAGAACAACUAGCAUUUGUACUAGAAAUGCUAGGCUUGUACGAUGAAGCGUUAGUACAGUACGAUGAACUCGACGCUCUGUUCUCUCAAUUCGUUCUAAACUCCAACGUGACAGCUAGUCCAAAAUGGUUGGACGUCUUCCGCCAGCCGAUCACGUCGUGGCAAGCGGUCAGAUUGACUGCCCUAGUGCCCCAUCAUCUGAGAGAUCUAAUUAUAAAGAAUAAACCAUCAUUGUUAGACCUGAGAAGUUAUCUCUUUCAACGUCAAAGUGCCAUGUUACUACUUACGUUUAAACCUUGGGAGAUAGCAUCACGUUGCCUAACCACAGUGCAUACUACUUUGAUGGAGUUAAAUCUUUUGAAUGCAAGCACGGUGGAAGGAGCGGCCGCUUGUUGGGCGCAACUGGCAUGCGCCGAGACUCUAAGAGCAUGUGAGAAGCUAGCUACGACUAACAGCGCGUUAGAAAUGACUACAGCUGCGCAGGCGCCAUUGUUACACAAAGCUAAAGAUAAGCUUCACGAACUAGGCAAACUAUGCGGCCUACUACCCGGCUCUCCAGACCCAACAUCGGAGCAAUUGCAUCUUGUUGUAAUGCUAUCAGCUGGCAUGGGAGAUAGUGAGCCAAACAAUCAUCAUCCCACCCCAACUGACAGAUUGAAGGAGGCGCUGUGCAGCAAAACUAACUUCCAGCAGUAUUACUUGGAAUUGGCCGAGUUAGCUAUAGGCACUUACAAACAUAUUGGAAGAUUAAGAUUCGCCCGCCUCAUAGGCAGAGAUCUAGCUGCGUUUUACUCUGAAAUGGGCGAGACGGGAAAAGCCGUUGUAUUUUUAAUGGACGCGUUACGAUCUUACGAGGAACAAGGCUGGAAGGACCUUGCGGCACAGACAAGGCUCGAGCUUGUUGCAGCUGCUAAGAAAAUGGACGACAUGGACAGAUAUACGAAGCUCUCUGCAACCAUAGCCAGUACCGCCGAAUUAGAGAUUCUAGUCAGAAACUUCUAUUUCGAGGAGAUGAUGAACUCCAUACGAGAUAAUCUCGCCGCUAAAACCGAGCCAGUCCUAGCGGAACUAAAUGAUUGCUUUAAAAUAGUUUCAGCCACAUUAGUAGCCUCCGAACGAGGUGUUUACAUCACUGACAAUAAGAUCCAAUGUCGGUUGCAAAUCGAGAGUUAUUUCCCUAAAAACGUGAAGUGCACUAAGGCAUCUAUCUGCAUUGAACAAUGCAACUAUGACAAACAUGAUAAAAGAACGUCGGCGAAAAAUUACAAGACUGAUUUAAGUAAUAAUAUAUGUACGCAAACUUCGCCGAAGAAAGCUGCCAAUUGCACAAACGCCGAUGAUACAAUUAAUCUAAUUAGUAGUUUAAGAUUAGAUGAUCUAAAGCCGAAGAAUCCUCUACUAAAUCCACUGCACAUAACAUCGAAAUUGCACUACAAGGAAGAUAAGACGUUGCAAAAAGCAACUAUAGAAUGUAUUAAUCCAAAAAUGAUGUUAAAAACGUCUGACAGUUGUAAAUAUCGUAAACCUUCCGCUGCUGUACGUAGCAACUACCAAAACGCUUUUACGUGCGAGCAUAUUAUUAUACGACCAGGUGCAAAUGACCUCUGUUUGGAGUUUGUAGCUAAGCAAUGUGGUACUUUUAAAUUGGGUCAGGUUUCUCUGACCAUUGAAGAGAAGUUGGAGUUUCUGUGUAAUGCGUUGGUGAAUAAUAAGGUGGGAUAUGAAGUUGUAACGCAGGGUAUUAAUGUGUAUUUGAAUAAAGUUGAGCCGAAGAAAGAUCUGGUUGCUGGACUAGAACACGCCAUGGAGCUUGUGGUGACAAGUGGCAGCUCGCAUAUACAGGAGAAAGCGUCUAUACUCCUAAAAACAUCUACGGGUUUGCUCAUACGGUUUGCGGACGACGACUCCGCGAUGGUUCGCGAGUUGUCCAUCCCGGUGCCGCCCAGCAAGCCGUUUGAGACGACUCGCAUUCAAUUACGGCUCUUCGCUACUUUGCAACAACCGCGUAGAGAAAAGAACAUUGAACACACUGUAUGGCUAAACUGCCCAUGGUGGAACACUGUGACAGAAGUGCCUCUACAUUUCUCGCCGCCCAUGGUGGCGUCCUGGCGUCUCCUCACUUCUAACACUAGAAAGUUCGUCCACAUCACAUUGAAAAGUACGGUCGCCCAUCUUAUUAAGUUCGAACUCACUGACCCUAAGCUAGAGUGCGAUGGAAACAACAAAGUGUCCGAUUUGAACCCGAAAAAUGUUGGCAAUUUGACAUUAGCGUCCGAUGGCACAACUGCAUCUUUCAUGUGGGAACUUUUGAAAGACCCACUGGUGAAAGGCGGUCCUAUGAAAGCGUCGUUUACCAUACAAUACCGCGAAUCGAACGUUGACGUACCUUCUAGAACAUUCUCGUGUCCGUUCGAUAUACAGGACUAUACAACUUUGUUCGUGAUACGAACGAAGCUGGAGCCAACUAAGGGAUCGGACUUCUGUCGUGCGUCUCAGGUGUGCUGUUUGCAACUUAGUGUCCAAAGGGUGAACGAAACGGAGUACACGUCUCUAAUGUACGAGGUCCUAGCCGAUCAGACAAUGUGGGCUGUCUUAGGCCGAACUGCCGGUGUAAUAACAAUGGAGUCUAACUGCACGGAGCCUCAAAGCGUAACGCUAGACGUGAUGCCAUUGGUAGCUGGAUACCUGCCGCUACCCACCGUCCGGCUCUCUAAGUACAUCGCCGCUAACUCCAAAGAUCUUAAAAAAGAGAACCUUGGUCACCCCCGUCUGGAACCCUUCAGUCCUGGGCAGGUGUACCACGCAGGCAAAGCGAAACAAGUGCACGUGUUACCGCCGGCGCCCAAGGACCACAUUGACCCGACGGUCUAGAACUACAGGUGGAGACUGGCCAGAAACGAUUUAAAAACAAGAAGUAAACAUAAAUUACACCGACGGCAUUAACUGCGUUUAUCACUUUUUCUUUACGCGUUGAACACGUACAAAAAUUAUCCCAUACACUAAUAGCUUUCAGAAAUAUUUCUAAAGGGGAUUUCUUCCCGAGAAUAUUAUAUAUUUGGAUUUUGCAAAGUAAGCGUUGAUGUUGAUAGGGACUUUUUAGGUAGGCAUGCAUGAUCAUCCUCGACAAAAUCAUUUACCACCAGAUGAAGCCAUAAACAAUUAUAUUGUAAGUAGAACCUUUCAAGAUGUAUGGCACCUUUAUACAAAGUUUUUAGUUUAUGGCGAUAUAGCCACUAAAAAUGCGAAUAAUGCAUAAUGUAAUUUACAAUUGAAGUACGGUACUUUAAUCAGAAAGGUAUACUGCAGCACCGUAGUGUUGAAGCUAUUGAUGUGUAUAGAUAAUAACUGGCGUAGCGUCGAUUUCUGCUGCCCGGGGCAACCUUAAAUUUGCUGCCCCUCUAUUUUCACUAUUAGAAAAGUAGUUCGUUCGGGCAGACUCGACUCGAUUGCGUUUUUAUGUUCACCUGCCGUCGCCAUCUUUGUGUUGUUCAGGAUAGCGUUUUCUCAAAUAGUGGAAUUUGUUUACUUAAAAAAAUAUUUUUUAAAGUAAUUAUCGUUUUGACUGGGGCUGGGGCGCGCUCGCUACCGCCUCUUGCUACGCCAGUGAGACAAUCGUUACUAGAGUUUGCAAUCUCGAAAUAUCGAUACACAUUUUCUGUACCGGGAUCUGUGAUUUUCACCGCGUUUGCUCUUGACGUUUAUGAAUAGUACAUUGCUGCUUUUAAUACAGCUUGGCCAAGUAACUAACGUGGAACGUGUAUUUGUCCUUGUUCAGAUGCUUGCAAAUACGAGUAUACGUAAGUGCAUCCUUUGCAAAAUUAAAAUUCGAUUUUCAAAAACUAUGUUUCCCAAAUAAUAGUAAAGAAUAGUGCGUACAACUUCAAAACUAGCUUUUUUUAUGCUCUACCAAUGGGUACGACGUAAAAGCCUGUACGCACAUAUAAGUGCAGUACCGUACCAUUACUGCUUGGCGGCAGAAAUAGAUAAGGUGGGUGUACUUCCCUGGACGAACUCUUUAACUCUUUCACAAGGAGCUCUACGGCUACUUUAUGGAACAAUAUCAUUUUUCACUUACACUAGACGUUUCCGACAAUGAUCGCCACGUGUCGGAACUGAUAUGUGCGUAUAGACCAUAAAUGUCGCAGGGACCAGUCGAACAGUCGCAUUGCGACUGUAUGUCGCACGAAUUAACAAGUCAGAACCCACGCGAGUAUCGCAACGUGUGCGGUUUACUUACCAAACUCGCGUUCGAAUUUUAAAGUGAAGUGACAUUAAUCUAGGCCCGGAACUACAAUGCAUUCGGCUUUAGGUGUGUAUUUUGCUUCGUGCCGAAUGAUACGAAUUUUCGUAAUCGCGACUACCCGAAUAUAAUAUACGCAACAACGAAGACUGGCGAAGCUUUUCAGUUUUCUAUUUAUAAUUCAUUUACUUGGAAAGUGACAGAACGGUGUCACAUUAUUCCUAAGAACUUUUACAAAGAUCCAGUGAACUUCUGCUAUAUUGGUACUCGAAUCCACUGUCACGCGACCUUACUUUAAAAACCCGAACAUAUCUGGAAAUAAUUGAAAGUGAAAUAAGUUUAUUGGGAUAAAGUUGAUGUUUUUCGUAAUCGUGACCCUAUUACACGGUACCCAGAAUGCUAAAACAAAUAGUGAUAAAAAUAAGCAAUACGGAUCGUAACUCUUACUAGCCGCAUUUAAUCAUUUAAGUAGUGAAAUAUCAAUAAAAAUAUUGUACUAAGAUAAAUGUAAUACAAGUCAAGAACUGAAUUUGUAUAUAUUCUAAGAGCUUCUAGCUUUAUAUUUAUAGAUGUUGUCAAUGCCACUACCUAAUCUCAUGGUGCAUUUUAAAACGAUCGACCAUUUCCAAAUAAUUAUCGCAAUAUUAAAAAUAGCAAGAAUUCAAACAGCUGACAAACAUUGCAGCGCCAGUUACAAGAAUAUGACGAACACCGUACUCGUUUGAAAGUACCAAAGAAAAUUUGCCUAUAACAUUCAAAGCAGUUAGCCAAAAUGAAGUAGCAAAGCUAGCUUUUACUUUUGAAGUAUUGUUUAUUAUUACACCAAGUUUAAGCAACGAAUACUAUGUGACUAUUGACCUUGAGGGCCAAAUAAUCAAAUAAUCUUUAUUUCAUAGGUAAGCAAAUUACACUUGAAAAUUGUCACAUUGAACUAUAUUACUCUUUCGUAAGGCAAAUUCCUCUGAGAAGAAUAAGCACGACACUAGGGUUCGCUCUUUGAAAACAAACAUUUGUAUAUAUUAAAGAUUUAUAAUAUUUAUUUCAAAUAUCAUGGACAAUCUGCAAGAGCUAAACGGGUCACUACCAUAGAUUUUUUGUUAUCCAUGGUACUACAGGUUAUUUAAUGCUGUGUUCAACUUUCGUAUUUCGGUUUGCUGUUAAAUAUCUACGCAUAUCAAAGAGUGACUGGUAGUCUGUCGUGGUAAAUAUCUCACAAUGUUUACAUCGCAGCUUAUACCCGUAGUACGAGUUAUUUUAUCAAUUCGUGGUGAAAUAAACCCGUAUCAGAAUGUGUUUUUGACAUGUCAACAAAGGAAGCGCUAGGAAUAUUUAGACGCGGCCUAUUUAAAUGCUAACCUCUCAACAGUCACUUAGCCAAAAUUAAAUAGUUGGUUCACCGAAACAGAACAUACAAUCCGUAUCAAUUUUAUAUCAUAAUAAUGCAUUGUAUAAUGAAUUAUGUUUUCAUUUGUAAAUGGUUCGCCUAGCUAAUGUGUUAAUUCUAAGAAAAUUAAUGGCAAUGUUGUUUAUUAUAUUCAAGAUAUGUGACGAAGCCAAAAACGUUUUUGUAAAAUUAUUUUUUUAUGAAAUUUUAAAUGUGUAAGCUCUUAUUUAGAAUUAUCUCUAACAUUCUAUGUUUUCUUUUAUUACAUGCCAUACUACUUGUAUAUCACGGUACCACAACGAUAAUAUUCUGCCUAGUCUCCGAUCUUGUCUAUUCUUUUUUAUGACGUUUAUUUUAAUUUAUAGAUUGUACAUAAUUUUGGUGCUUGGUAUCGAAUUUAGACACGCAGUUAGCAAAGAGAGUGGUGUAAUCAGAAAAUCAGAAAUAAAGGUUAUAACGCAGAUCCAUCUAUUUGCCAAUUUCCAACCCGUACCAUGAAGUUAGUAAAAAUUAUUGUACGUUUAAACUAUAGUCUGCCUUUUUUGAAGACGAGUAAAAAGACAUUUGCUGGGUUGCCCGUUUUCAUAAAAUUUUAAAUAGUCAUGUAGUUGUUUCGAUAGUUUUAUCGAUAGUUUAUGAAAGAAGGUAAAAUUUUGCCUGAAAUGUGAAUGUUUCAACAUUCCAAUGAUUACUAAUUCCGUUACUGCCUUCUGCAGUCUUAUUUUAACAGUUAGCCUACUAUUAUCGAAAUCAAAAUUGAUUAUAGAAUGAUUGAUACAAAUAUAAUAACAAUUUAAUGAUAUAAAUUUUAACAAGAACAGGCGGAUUUGAUUAUUUGUUAUUGUAAUGUAAUAAAAUGAAAAUGUUUAAAAUAGUUCGUUCUAGUAAUGCAGUGUAUGUAUGUAUGAACUUACAAAGAUUGACAAUUCAAGUGAACCUGUGCCAAGCUAUUUGAAGAAUAAUGGUCCGAUGAUGAUUCGAAUUGAACGAAUUCGGCUAUUUAUUGCAUAAGCGUAACCAACAUUCAGUCGAUAUUCGAUAGAAUAUUUAUCGACUGCAAUCACUAGCUGCUUGUAAGCGGGCAGCACUUUUGCGCAAUGAACUUUCAUUUUACUCCAUCUUCAAAAAAGACAAACUAUAGUUAAACAUCUUCCUCAAUUUAUGACAUCUUCAUCAUUUAGUCAAGCCCUUGUUUUGUCUUUGUCGUAUAAAAAAAUUAAGUCAAAAUCCAAUAGCUACCGAUUUUAUAUCACAAUUGUGAUAAACGAAAGUUUCACCGACAAACCAAAAACAUCCUCCCCAUAUGUCUUCGUUGCAUUUAGAAAAUAUAAAAAAAAAAUCUAAAAAACCUACUUUAAUUGUUUUCAGCUUACUUUUGUUUGAAAAAACAAAUAUACGCGAUAUAAAUCCGGAAAAAUAGUUUCAUUUCCUAUGUGUAACAAUCGCGAAAACCUAAGAACUCGAAACCUACUUUAAAUUGAAAAAUGCUGUAACCACUUCAUUUGCCGACUGUUUUAAGUACUCUGGGUAGUUUCUUUAUUAUUUAAAGCGUAGUAUUUAGUUUGCAACUUUAUUAUAUAUUCCGUUUUAUGUUGUGUUAGAUUUCGUGUACGGAUGUUAUUGAUUGUGACGAGUCUGUUGAAAUUACCCUACUCUUUUCCCGAUUACUGUAAAUCCAAAAGAAGGGUAAUAUAUUUGUGCGUAUAUAAGUCUUUGUACAUAUGUAAUUACGUAACAACAAACGUUUUUGGUGUUAUUUAAGCGGUUAGGACUGUUUAUUUUUCUUAUUUUCAAUAUAAAAAACAAAUAUGUUCAAUUCUUUAACAUUUUUUUUUAUGACGAAAUUCUAUAAUUCCAAUUUAUUACCGAUUGCCGUCAUAGUAUACAUUUUGUAAUUACUUCGUAUCUUUUAUUUACGUAUAAUUUGAGAACUUGAUAUAAGCUUGCUAAAAGUUAUAAAACAAUUUAAAUUGUACACCUAAUGGAAAAACGAGGUAUAUAUAAAUUGAAAUAUGAAAAUAGUAUGAUAUGCUUUCAAGCUAAAUUCCGCUAUUUGGUACUGAAAAAUUACAAUUAUUUCUUUUAUUUUAAAAAUAAACAUGUCUGUGGCACUUAAACUUUUAUUUAUAAAUAAAUGGGUAAAUAACUAAUCUUGCCCUUGUUUUCUAUAAGAAUAUGAGGGCAGUACACUGCGCCUCAUUUGAAUGGGCAUAAGCAUUUUGCCAUCGGUCUGUCGGUCUUGUAAUAUUUUAUAAUAAAAUUACGCAUAUGAUGAUAAGUAAUGACGUCACGUAUACCUUCGCAGUAACAUCGUUAUACAAAUGAGAUGAGCAAGUUUAUAUACUAGUAGUAAAUUAUUUCAACAUUAAAAAACAAGAGCUUUUUUAAAAUAACUCUACCCAAAGUACAGUUAGUACUAGAAAUAUUGAGAACACCUAUU